CAUCUCUCCCGGUACAUAUAAAAUUCGGUGCAUUAGUUUUAUACCAGACAGACAAUCAUACAAACGCCAAAAAGGCAGAGACUUCGACGUUGGCUUGCCUUGUGGAUUUUUUACGUUAGGAGGUAGCAGUAGAGAGACUAGCAGACAACAGUAUGCCUGGGCGUUUUCUCUUUUGUUUUACUCUUUUCAUGUACCAGUAUGGGGUGAGCGAUAGCUAUAGGGCCGUGAUUUUGAUGCACGGCAUUCUUUCAUCACAAACAUCUUUAAAUAAUAUAGAACAGUAUAUCAAACAGGCCCACCCUGGUACAGAAACACUGAAUGUGAAUGCCUUCAACGACCUGGACAGCUUACAGCCCAUGUGGACACAGGUGACCCAAAUAUCUGGCGUGAUGAAAAAAUUUAUGGAUGCCCAUCCGCAGGGGGUUCACAUGAUUUGUUACUCACAAGGAGGCCUUAUAUGUCGUGGGGUGCUGGAAUCUUUAAGUUCACACAAUGUCCAUAAUUUUAUUUCCCUCAGCUCUCCCCAAGGAGGAAUGUACGGAGUACCUAACAUGGUAAAACCUUUUGUUCCAAAUAUUAGCAGCAAAUAUAUCUACAGAGUUUUCUACACACCCCGUGGACAGAAUGUGUCUAUAGCAAAUUACUGGUAUGAUCCUUAUCAUUUGGACCUCUUCAAGCAACCUUCCUUGAAGGUUUUUCUUGCUCAGUUGAACAACCAGGCUCCCAAUCCUCAAGGCAAUGCUUUCAAGAACAACUUCCUAAAGAUAAAAAACCUAAUCAUGAUUGGUGGUCCAGAUGAUGGGGUGAUCACACCAUGGCAGUCUAGUCACUUUGGUUCAUUUGAUGAAAAAGGAAAAAUUAAGGAAAUGGAAGAACAAGAGUAUUUUGUCAAGGAUUCAUUUGGCCUCAAGACCCUAGCCAAUAGGGGAGCAUUGCAGAAGUACAUCAUCCCUGGGGUAAAGCACACUCAUUGGCCCCACAACCAAAAUGUCUUUAAAACCUACAUGGAAAAGUGGCUGGAUUAGUGCUAUCUUGCAUGUGACUAUACUGACUAGUGCCAUCUGUUGCUGGGAUUCCUUAAUUUCAGUCUGCAGUGUGCAAUGUAAAAUUGAAGAUCUUACUUACAUUAAAAAUCUGUGCAAUAUAUCUUUUAUUACACAGUGCAGGUAAUUAUUUAUUAAAGCCAUAGCAUGAUACAAAUGCAAUACUGCUACUAGUACAUGUAGGCUCAGCAAAAGUUUUAACAUUAAUAUUUUUACAUAUUUGCUCUAAUAAUUACCAAUAUCAACUGGUAGUAGCCAUGCGAUUUACGUUUCUUUAUUUGCUUUUAGAUAUUUAAUGUGAUUGAUAUACUGCAAGGUUUUAUGUACCAUUUUAACCGAAUUCUAGCAGGAGUCUUCAUGAAGAGAGAUGCUUUAAAUACUGUAUUAUCACUGAUUUAAAUUAAAGCAAUAAAAUGAAA